AUGAAUCCAUUAUAUAAGGCAAAAUCAAGUAAUAUGGAAGAAUCGGAAUCAGAAUCCAUGACUUCAUUAUCAUCACGACAAUCAUAUAUACAUUCAGAGCAAUCCAUUGAUAACGAUUAUAAAAGCAAUAUCGAUGAAGGAAAUGAAGUGCAAGAAAAUAUUUCCGGAAAGCAAGUAAAUUUUCAUAAAAUUGCAAUGGAAAUGUUAGAUACGAUGAAAGCAUUCGGUGUUGAAAUGGAAAAAAAUGUAUCGAUGAGAAAAGUUCUCGAAGAAUGUGAUCAAAAAUUAGAAAAGCUUAGUAUAGGUAAUUAUGAUACAAUUUGCUAA